CAGUAAAAGCAUACAAAGACAGCUUUGCCACUCACCUUUUCACCGUUUAUUUCUUUACUGAUGAUUGCCAUACCACCAUAUGUACCUCGGUCGGUUGCAGGCAUAAGUCAUGAUGAGUGGGACAUUGCUCAUCGGCUAUGGGCGGGAUCCAUCCAAGAUCUGCUACUAGCAGAAUCAAUUGGAGCUGCAAUCAGUGACUUUCCUGAUCUGCCUCAAUUCUUGGACACAUUCUUUACCGCACAGCUAUCCGAACCAGAAUAUGCAGAUAUUGAGCUCUUGAGGCUUGUUUUUCUGCUAUACGUCCGAGCGACCGCUUCCCUUGCUGCCGAUUCGGCACUGGCAUCAGCUGACAUGUUUACACCAGAUCGCCUACUGAACUUCGCGACCUUGUACACCAAGGCUAACAUCAAAGUCGUCCGCAACUGUUUCCAGCAAAUAACAGACAAUAUAACAGAUGUAUUGGAACAGUAUACACAGUCUAUUGGCACCAUCACCGAAUUUUACGCAUCGUUCAACCGUCAGGUUUUGACAGACGCAGAGUUGCAUCAAAUUCUAGCGUUGUCGACCGGUUUAGACGCUCUCUUUUCCGCUUCCACCUCUAUUGCACAAGCAUUUGAAUCGUCGCAAGAUUUCAUCACUUCGCUUGUCACUUUAUACGAUGGACCACUUAAGCAGACUGCUAUCGAUCUCCGCAACAAAAAUGAAAAGGAUAAGGUUCGGCUGGUUAGGUCUACCAAGCUCACGUUGCUAUCUAUAUUCAACAAUCUGAUAGAUGCAUCGUUUUUCUCUCAAUUUGGCUAUGCUACCAAUUUGCAUGACUGGGAAGUGCUGGAAAAACGAGAAGACAGUGCGGACGGCAAUCUGGAAACGAUACAUCAUCUCAACAACAUGUUACUGGAUCUGAUAGAACGGAGCGGUAUAGACACAUCAGUCACAUCUCUCAUAGAUGCCCCACUCAUAAUAGAUGUCGAAAUAGAGGCAAUGCUUGGCAACAAGAUAUCCAAAGUGAAUCGUGAAAAGUUCCAUGGCGAGGAUGAGCAGCUUGAAUUUCUGGUCUUGUCCAUGGAGCAUUUACGAGCUAUGUGCACUACCACUGAAUCUCAUCAACGCCGAAAACAACAGAUGAAGUCAUUGAAAUCAACUCUUCAAGCGCCACGACCGACUCCGGCAGUUACUACUCCUCAACCUGAUGAGUCGUAUAUCAAGAUGACAAUCCUGAUAUCCCAAAUCACCGACUUGUUUCCUGACCUUGGCGCAGGAUUUGUUGAGGCCUGCUUGAUGCAUUACGGUGGCAAUGUCGAGCAGGUAACGAAUCAAUUAUUAGAGGACAGCUUGCCACCUAAUCUCGCAACAAUGGAUCGUACUUUGGCUAGAAAGCCCAUGACAGCAGAGCAACCGGCGGAUGAGCAAGUAUCAACUGUGAUGAGCAACUUGUCUUUGUCAGACGACAGUCAACUACGUACCCGAAGAAACAUUUUCGAUAAUGACGAGUUCGACGUUUUUGCUGGCAAGAAGGUCCAAACGCAACAGAUUCACCGCGGAAAGCAAAACCGUGGAACUGCUGAUAAAUUGCUUGACGACAAAUCAUUUAUUCAGAGUGAGAAGGCGAACUUAUUAGAGCGUAUUGCAAAUAUCUAUGAGGAUGAAAUAGAUGAUACCUAUGACGACGUCGGCAUGCCAACUGGCAAAGUAGAUCUCGGAGCUGUAGAAGAUGGAAGCGAGGACGUCGUUCGAGAACGAAAAACUGAAAUCGACCCAGGUAUUAUCCACGAAAGUGAUCUGGUACAUGCAUUUGUCAACAAUAUCACAAUCUUUGAUCGAAGUGCAGCAUCUCGACGGUCACCUCAGAGAGCGCAAUUAAGGAAGGCGACAAACAUGACAGAUGAGCAGCUAGAAGGAUGGAGCAUCAUGUUUUCAAGAAACCCACGAAAGCAGAGGAUACUGGAUAAAUACGCCUUAUGGGAUGGUCAACAAUCAGAAUUGCAGGACGCACCUUCAGCUCCAAAGCAAAACGAACGCAAUCCACGGCCCCCAAAAACACCAACGCAAGAACGCAAUUACAAAGAUAAAAACAAGGCAAAAAUGGCAAACCAUAGCCGAAAGAAGAUGCAUGAUAAAAAGAUUGGAAGAUCAAUGCCUCCUCCUAGCUAAACGAUUAUAUUUCGGUGAUAGCAAAUAUCACUCUGACACCAAUGAGUUGAUAGCCAUUCAAAAUUAGAGUCAGAAUUGAAGUAAAAUAAGUUGCUACAUCUAAUUAUCCAAAAAUAUGGCAACAUUUACGUUCUCUAUAUAUAACGAUUACUGGGUCUUCUUCUCCUUUUGUGCUUUGAGGUACUUCUUUCUCUGUCCAAUCAUAUGGCCAUACAUAAUUGGGAGACCUAUAGUGGCAAACGAAUAUGAGUAAGACAUGUAAUCUGAGUAUCACACUGCGCAACUCAGC